UUUUAACCUUUAAAUUGUGAAUAAAAGUUUUCCCUUUAUCAAGUGCGUUCAGGUAAAGGAAAAAAAAGGGAAUCAAAAUGUCCACAAACAGCGAAAAUGGUACUUCUUCUGAACUGCGUAAACUUAAGGAUAGAAAAGUCUCAAAGAAAACAAAAUUCGGAAUUGUCAGAACGUAUGUAGAACAGCAUCUGAACACCAACCUGAAUCCUGAGACACUCAUCACAGAGUUAAUAGCGUUUCCCAUUGUCAAGACACUGCAAGAUGCUGUUAAAGAUGCGAAGUUCAUUUCCACCAUCGAUGAGGCUGAACUACUCAACAUGGUUAAAUUCACUGAUCGACUCAUCACCAUUCAACAGAACAACAAGGAGACAGAGGAAGAGGAAGAAGCCAUCGAGGUUCAAAAUCUGUCAAACAAUCAGAUUAAAAAUCAACUCUCAGUGCAGUUUGACACCAAGCAAGGACCACCGGCUACCUGGUACAGUGUUUCUCACAUAGUUAUACAUCAUACAAUCAUCGUUAAGAUUCCGGGUUUGAAAAAUCAACUAGAGAAAAAUUGGUGAGCUUACCACCGAUCAAGUUGAAAAUCUAUUGGAAAUGGCAAAUGAAGAUGUUGGUUCUGCCGAAGAAGUUCAACCUGGCUUCGAUUCGGCGAAAAUACGAUGUUCGAGCAUAUCUGAUAGAACAAAGAUUUUCAACUUUAUCAGGAAAAUGAAACCCGAAUGGGACACAAAGAUCCCUCCGAUAAACGACCCACAGAUCAAAAUACUUGGCGUUAAGUUUGAUGAGGAGCAAAAGACCCAAUGGAUCCAAAGACUCAUUAUGAAAAAUCGCUGGAAGAAAUGUUGGAAAGUAAACAUCAAGCAUUUUUAUAGAAAUGGAAAAUUUUUUGACGUAAUAAUCGAAAUAGAUCCAGCGUUAAGAGAGUGGCUUGAGCUUCAUGAUGGAUUGGUAGCCGUUGGAUAUAAACGCGCUCGAGUUGUGGACCAUUUCGACAUUAAACAGUGUCGCCGAUGCACCAAAUUUGGACACAUCGCCAAUAAAUGUACACAGCUAAGUAUCUGCCCUUUCUGUGGUGAUAAGAACCAUAUCCAUGAACAAUGCCCGAUCAAAGAUAAAAAACAUAAAUGGCGUUGCCCAAAUUGCCAAAAAAGAGGUGAAAGCGCCUUCGACAUUGGUUGUGAGAAAUUUCAAGAGAAAUUACUUUUCGAACUUGAAAAAAGAAAUUUCCAGUAUAAAAUGAUCAUGGCUUAGCCUAAAGUUCACUUGCACUUAAAAUUAGCCUGAAAGAAACCUAAUCCGUAAACAAAACCAAAAUCCUUUAAUUAAUGGAAUCUCAAUUUACUAAUCACUUAAUCUUUUAGAAAUUUUCUUUCCCUUUGGCAACCUUGUUAAUUACUAACACAAACUCUAGAAUUAUCCUUACUCAUUAACAAUUAAAACUCUUCAUCAUAACAAUUAAGCUCUUACAAUUAACCCAACAAGCAAUUAACACUUAAACCCUAAAACACACAAUCACACUCAAUCAUUAUAAACCCAAGAAAACAAUUAACAAACAACCUCCAGACUACAACCCAAACCAAGAACAUUUUCAUUAACUUUCAAUCAUCAGUUACACACUAAUUAAUCAUUCUUAAGUUUUCACAGAAAAUCACAACAACAAAUUAAUAAUACGAUCACUUCAUCACCGAUUAGUCUUAAGGACUGGUAAUCAUGAACAAAAUAUAUCGUGAAUUACAAGCCCUUCGUUUAGGCUGGAUAAAAGCACCCCAUCGACAGAUAAAACACUCUCUUUUCAAGUUGAACCCCAUGUAACCGACAUCUCUUCGUUUAUAUCCUUCCUGAUUUGCAACAUCCCAGAUCAAUCGAGAAAGAUCAUAAAAAUUCGUCUCCGUAAAAACGGAAGAGUUGAGAUUUUACCAACAACAAUAGAAACCAAGGAGGAAAUCAUUUCAAUCAUCAAUAACCAUUUUUGUAACUCCAUUUUCUACGAUUACAUCCCAACUCCUUCAUCUGUGUACUUUAAAGUGAAAGGUUUAAGGUCAGUGUCUUUCAACAUCAUUUGUAACAACAUCUUAAUCUCCAAUCACCUAGAAGAAGAUCGAGAAACUUUUGUAUCCAAUGUGAAAAUCGACGAAAAUAUUACCACAAUUAUAUUGAACCUCAGUUAUCUAAAUCGAGAAAAACUACUUGACAGUGACGGUCAAAUUAAAUUUAUGGGUAAAACCUUUCAAGUUUUCGACAACUUUAACCUACAAAUAUACUCCUGUCUCUCGGUGAAAUCACCGCAUCAAAAUUGUCAAGCUCUGUGUAUAAACUGCUCAAGACCACAUCAAGGUCAAUGUUUAGCUAAACCUUUGUGCUACCAUUGUAAUGGUGAACACACAUCGUAUUCAUCAAAGUGCAAAACAAUUCAAGAUAAACUCUCUAAAGUCUCAAAAAACUAUACAAUUAAAUAUGAAUGGUUUCUUCCCACCGAAGAUAAACCUAAAUUACCUGAAUGCACGGAAAAUGAAGGAAAUAACAACGAACCUGAUAACCAAGACAUUAAAUUCCAAAUCUUCAAUCCUCGUGUUGGUGGAAGUGAAUAGAGCAAUUGCCAUCAAAUUCACCGGUCGAAACCUCAUCUUAAACGACCAAACCGCCAUAAUUACAUCACCUGAUAUCCAAAUUCAUCAAUGUGACACCUCAGUUAAAAAUUGUACAGCGAUAAUAAUAUCACAACAAAAAAGACAACUACUAAUAAUUGGUUCGUACAUCGCUCACUCAGACCAACUGAAAAACGUAGUCGACUUUGUGGACCUUAUUUCAUCAUUUGUUCACCUACCAAUUGUAAUAACCAUGGACUCAAACUGCGAACAUCCGCUGUGGUCAACGAGGACAAAUUACCCGCGAUUCUCAACUCUCCUGGCUAAUUUCUUCAUCAAAUCGAAUCUCAUUGUUCUAAAUAAACCUCGAGGUGACAAUUUCUCUUACCAGCACAACAACAAACGCUCAUGGAUCGACAUAGUAGCUUCAAACAUUAGAGAUAUAACUUUAGUCGAGGGAGAGAUAAUAACCGAUCAUAGAGAGUAUAAGUUAACAAUUCCAAUGCAGCCACCAUUUAUCGAGAUCAGUAAUACCAAAGAAACAAAAUACAUGAGUAAAUAUAAGCUAGACUUUGUAGCAGAUAAUCCACAUGAAUUUUUUACUAGAUUAGUUAGUUUUCAGACAGAACAUUGCAAAACAAAAGUGUUUCAGAAAGUGACAACAAACAGAAGAAUUAGCAGAUUGAGAACAAAAAUACAAAGAAUGAAAAGAGCUAAAUUACCCAGAGAAAUGAUCAAACCGUUAGAAACAGAGUGUAUUAGAUUAAGGAUAGGAAAAAAGAUAGGGACUCAACGCUACAUGUUCAGAUACAGAAAAGAUUCCACUAAAGUUUGGCAGUUUAUCAACAAACUACUAAAUCUAAAUUCGAACAGAAUAGUAAUCAGUCAGCAAAUUCAGCCCGAUACGAGCUCUUUCAGUAAAACUUACACACACAAUAAAGUUGAAAUAGGUAGUCCAUCGAUUCUGAGCGAAAAAGAAAUUGAUCUAAUCACCUCGAUGAACUUUAGGAAAACCUCCGGUAAUGCAGAUGAAUUUUCGCUAAAGAUUUGGAAAAAAUUCUGGAAGGUGAACAAGGAAAUGAUCACAAGUGCGGUUAAGACCUCCUUCGAGGAAGGUGUAAUCUCUCCAGCGAUAAAAGUCUUUGGAGCUCAUUUUAUUCCAAAACCGGGUGGGAGCCUUAGACUUAUCAAAAUAUCGAACUUCAUCCUCAAAAUCUUCGAUAUAAUCUUAACAAAACGCAUCCAAUCAACCCUAAACAAAAUUUUGGUACCAAACUCACAAUUUGCCUACCAAGCAUCAGUAAACAAUAUCGAUCUCCACAUCAUUUUGAGACAACAUCUUGAUAACGGAAUCGCCAUCUCAAUUGAUGCUACAAAAGCUUUCGAUUUUAUAUCCAUGGAAACAAUAUACUCUGAAUUAGAGAAUCAUGUCGACCCUGGAACUUUAUCCAUGAUAAAAUCAUUCCACACCAACCGCUGCCUAAGAUACAAAUCCUCGAACGAGACUCUGUACAGAAACGAUGAUAUGGGGACAGCAGCGGGUUCGUCACUUGGCCCAAUAUUAUUUAUAGUCGGUCUAAACAGCGCCAUCAGAAAACUAACCGACUUGAACAUACGCAUUCUUGCGUUCGCUGAUGAUAUUAUUAUCCUGGUGAUGAAGCUAAUCAUAGUGAACAUCUUAGAAUUACCUCAGAAAAACUCUCAGAGAUUAAUCUUCAAAUUAAUCACAGUAAAACUCAAUUCAUAAGACACCCACUGACCAUCAAUACAAAGGUGGUCGGUAAAAUAGUCUCUUAUGCCCUAAACGAAAGAUCUUUGGCUGAAAUAAUUCACCUCUUCUCAACGAGAAUCACACCUCAACUGAGAGUAAUAAAUCGUCUACCGAUCCACUACCAGCGCUUAAUCAUCUCUGCCUUCUACUCGCACAUGUUAUACCACCUUGGACCUCAUGCCCUCUACAGAAACUUUAACUACCUCAACUUCAUCAACAAUGUCCAAGAGAUAGUAAACUCGAAACUCAAAGCUGCUUUUGGCUUAAGAAAUCGAGUUACAAAAUGGGCACCAAUUCUUGUCUUUCGCUGUACAAACCCGCUGACAAUCUGGCUACAAGCUAAUCUGGAAGCUAUUAAAAGAUCGAAUUCUAACCCCCUGGACUGGCCAGUGGUACAACUGUUAACGGAAAAACUCACAUUUAACCCACCCAAUGAAACGGAAAUAGAAAAUUUUUGGAAGAGAAAAUGUACCAAUUCGCCAUUAGAACAAGUUUAUAUCUGCAUUAAUAAGGAGAGUUUUACAAUUGACAAUGAAAAGACUGUUUAUCUAGUGGACUCAAGUCCCUCCAAGACAAUUCUAAUUGCCCUGUUCAUGCUUAUAAAUAAGCACAAAAAUCGUAUAGUGAACUACCAAUUACCGGAGAACGUGGUCAAAUUUCCUCAAGCCGAAACAACUCAAACCAUCAUCAGAAUGUUAGCGCAACAUCGAGUGAUGUACACAUGGAGCCCAGAGUUAAUCAGCAGAUCAAUUCCAAUGGACGUCGACAGAACCAUCACCCUCAACAAUAAAAUCAACCUCAAAAAAGAUAUUAGAUGUCACAUGGCAGAAACGAUAGAAGAAGCUACACUCAAAACACGAAAACCGUCGAUAUUUACGCUAUUCUUUCCGGAGAAAAUGCCGAAAAGUUACAACAGUCUACAUGGAGUCAGCCUGAAAAAGAUUCUGAAUCUAUGCACGGAUAUAACCAUGCACGCAGAAAUAAUUGGUCAAGCCAAAGGGAAAAGAGGAAGGAGUUACCUACACUAUCUCAGAGAGUGCAAAAGCACGAGAGAUCACUGGAGCGAAGAAUGGGAUUUAACUAAAAUCAAUGACAAAAAUGUAAAAGAAAAAAUUCAAAAACUUGAAAAAAUCAGUGAAAUACUAAUAAACAAAUCAGCAAAUGUAAACUGAACGAUUAGUUCGGUGCCCUUGUGGCGAAAAUGCCUAAUGCAUUUGUCUUCAUGGCGGAAAUAAACAAUUAGCUUUUUUAAUUGUUCAAAAAAGUUAAUCAAACAAUUGAAUCUUUUUGAUUUAAUUAAAUUAAAUCUAAUUUAUGUUUUUGUUUCUAUCAUUUAAUUUGAUUAUUGAGGAUUUGGAAUAAAGA